CUACAGAAAGCUGAAUCCCCCAGGCACAAUUGAGUUGGCGAUGGUGUUGUUGAAACGCCGAGAUGGCCGGUACAUGAUGCCCUGGUUUUGUCCGCACCACACGCAUAGCCUUGCACAUUUGCAUACAAAGACACCAUAUCAACGUUGCUGAACAAAUCAGCAGGGCCUCGCGUGCAACACCCCAUCCGAAAGCAGAAUGCAGGAGUGCCCGAAUAGCCCACGGGCUAUGCCAAAUGGCGUUAGCCCCAGGGAAAAUGCUGUCCAGAUACUGCUGCAUCAUAACAGCCGCGAGAAUUUGGAGCAGCAGAGCCCGGGUUCUCAAGCUGGCUCGGCUCCGGGGUCACCUCGGCCCAGCCUGCGUGCGAGUGUUGAGCUGGACCCGCUUAACAAGCUACUGCGGAAGAACAAGGCCUGGUCCGCCGCUCGACUGGCCGAGGACCCCGGCUACUUCCAGCGCCUCAUUGCGCAGCAGGCGCCCGAGUACCUGUGGAUCGGCUGCUCCGACUCGCGCGUGCCGGCCAACGCCAUCCUGGGUCUGGCCCCCGGCGAGGUGUUUGUGCAGCGCAAUGUGGGCAACCAGGCCACCCACACUGACCUCAACUGCAUGAGCUGCCUGGAGUACGCGGUCAAGGAGCUCAAGGUGCGCAAUGUGAUUGUGUGCGGCCACUACGGCUGCGGCGCCGUCAAGGCCGCCAUCAAGAUGCCCAGCAAGACACAGAACCUGGUCAACUGCUGGAUCUCGGACAUCCGGGAGUGCCGCAACGAGCACCGCACGGAGCUCAUGGCGCUGCCCACCACUGAGGCGCAGGUGGACAGGCUGUGUGAGCUCAACGUGCUGCGGCAGACGUUCAACGUGUGCACCAGCCCGGUGGUGCAGCACGCCUGGGACCAGGGCCAGCAGCUGUUCAUCUACGGAGUGGUGUACAGUCUGAAGGACGGUCUGAUGCGCAAACUGGUGGGGCCCAUCUCCAAGACAGGCGACUUCGAGAUGGACCAGUCGUCCUUCAUCGAGCGCGGCAGCAGCUACAUCGAUGUCGGCAUGAGCGCCGCCGCAGCCGCCAUGAACAUGCCCGACCGCAGGGGCGGCAGUAGUGCGCCCCGCGGUGCGCCCGGCUCGGUGGUGGUCAACGGCCGCCAGCAGGCAGACAGCAUGGGCGACGGCCUGUCCCCCUCGGGUGGCAUCAUGGCCAUGUCUUUCCGCAGCCGCAUGGAGGCCUUCAACGCCUACAUGAACACCAUGCAGGUGAACAACCGCAUUGCCGAGCACGUGGGCUGGACGGACGAGCAGGCCGAGCACUCGGCGCUAAAUGGCGCCGCGGCGGCCGCAGCGCUGGCGGCCACCGCGGCCGCUGGCGUGGCGUCGGGCGACAGCCCGCGCAGCCCGCACCACCCCUAGGCCCCAGGCCCCAGGUGGUUCACUGUCAGACCGCUGCAACACAAAGGGUGAGGCUCCAGGCGCUGUGUUGAUACCUGUAUAGUGAGCCAGAGUGUGUUGGUUUACGGCGUCCAGUUGCGCACAGACAGUAGACACGGCAGCGGCAUAGCCCUGAGCCUUCUCAGGGAAGAAUUGAGGAACACUGGAAACUCGACGCGGGAAGCGCUUUAUCUUCUUUUAUUACUGGUGCCGUGUGUGUCCCGGCGGGUGCCUGCGGCGCAAUGCUGGGCUCUGGUAAAAGUGCUCCCCGGCGGGAUAGUUCGUGUAGUAGCACACCGGGUGUGUGCCGGGGUGUAGCUGGAUGCCACCCGUCUGCUGCAGCACGUUGGCAUGUUGUCAAUUGUAGGGUUGGACGUGACCUGAAACCAUGUGUUCCCUCGCGCGGUUAGCUUUGCGCCUAGAUGGUUGCGUUAUGCUGGCUGCCACGCUUGUGUUUACACGUGACAUUGAGGAUACGGACGCAAGGGGAUCGUGUGCACGGGACGUCAGGGUAGCUGCAGUUACGGACCGCCGCAUUGCGUGGGCCGCACCUGCUGCCGCCUGGACGCCCGUGGGCCGCGGCCCUCCCUCAGUUGAGGUGGUUCAACUGCAUGGCUGGUGACGCAGGCAAUUGUUGCGCCACCUGCAUGUGCGCUCGGCUUGAUCGACACCACAACAUCUUGGUGGGUGGGUAGCAGUUUGGCAGCGGUUCGACGGAUGCCGGCCUUGAGCUUGUUUGGCGGGCAGCAGCACUUGAGUUGUACGUUCGCAUUGCGGAGACCAUCAGAAAGUACCGGUACCGUAAUGUUGGUUUAGGCCCCUAGCGAAUAAGUGAAUAACACGAUCACGGACGCACUGCUGGGUCAUGCGCAGACUGUGGCGGGCCUUAGCAAGCGUGCACUUGUUGCUGCUGUGAAUUGUUUGAGCAAGCAGUAAGAGCAAGGUGUUUGCCGCGCAAACACGCUUGCGGCUGGAUGAUGCCGUGAUGGGCAGUUGGUGCUUGUUGCGUUGUGGUGGGAUAGACCGUUGUGGUGGGAUAGACCCGUGGGAUAGACCGAUAGAGGAAUCAUGGGGCCCGGUGCAGUGCGGCGGCGGCAGCGGCCUACCCCAAACUGCUGCCGGAGCUGUAGAGUUUGGGCAAUAGUACAAUCCAUAUGUAGUCUAACCCUUGA